AUGUCACCGGGGUUAAUCGCUUUGCCCCAUCGCUCUUUGCUACGGAUAGGUGGCCGUGAUGCCAAGGCUUUCCUUCAAGGACUCAUCACGAAUGAUAUUAAGUAAGAGUUUAUCAUAAUCGAUCUUUUGAUUCUGCUAGUUUUAGCAAGCUAGAAAGGCAACCAGGAUUAGCAGCGUUUAUUCUCAACACAAAAGGCCGGAUCGUAGAAGACAUCUUGCUGUGGAGACGUGGCGACGACGACCUUUUCGUUGAAAGCUCAAAAGUGCAUCGUGACGAACUUAUAGUGCUUUUCAACAAGUAUAAACUACGGAAGCAGGUGAGCUUUGGUUUAAAAAGUCAUUUUAAAAUAAAAUAUGGAUGAUUGAUAUGAAUAUUUUCAGGUGGACAUAAAAGCAAGUGAUGAAGCGGUUGCCUUUGUUCCCGGCCCAAUCAACGAUUCUUCAAACAGUUGCGUCUUUUUUUUCAAAUAGUAUGAGUUGCCUUCAAAAAAUUAGAGAAGGAUUUUAGAAAAAAAUCUUCAAGAGAAAAAGUCGAAACUUAAGGUUUGAUCGAUCCUCGAAUCUCUUCAUUCGGAGCUCGAGUUUUCGGAAAAAAGACAGAAUCCAAAAAUGCCGAUUCCUAUCACGCCUUGAGAAGGUCUGCUGGCAUUGCGGAAGGUGUCGACGAACUUGAUGGACUUUUACCUUUCCAGGUAAUUUCUUUCUUAUUUUGGUGUUCUCAUAUUUCCAAUAUCAGGCGAACGGAGAUUUGCUCAAUAUGGUCUCUCUGGAUAAAGGAUGUUAUAUUGGACAGGAAUUGACGGCUCGAACUGCACAUACUGGUUUGUUUUAUCAUUUUUGAAGUUUUUCUUUCCAUUUCCUUAAAUUUCAACAUUAAAGAUUUCAGUUUAGGUGUGAUCCGAAGGCGAAUCCUGCCUUUUAAGGUUGAUAAAGCCGUGAAGAAAGACGCCGAUAUCAUCGACGAGAAGGGAAACAAAGUUGGAAAGGUUUCAGUUGUUUUCAACUUUUAAAGAGUUAGGUCAAGAAGGAUAUUUAUUCAAUCGUUUAUGUUCUCUUUGCAUACGAUGAUUCAUUUUUCUUCAAACCUACAUUCGUUUAUUGAAUAUUUAAACAGUCAUUUGUAAGAUUUUUAAGGUAUUAAAAAAACUUCAAAACUGUUAUUCAAAAAAAUUAUAAUUUUUUUAAAAAUCCAGGCUGCAGCUCUAAUAAAGUGGCCAAAAUGGAACUUCUGCACGCGUUUUAGGAAUUCCCUAAUAAUUGGAACAAGUUUCAUUUUUUUUUUCUUAGGUGAAAAUGCAACAAAAUGGUAUCAAUUUUUGAGAACCUGGCGAAUAAGAAGCCAAAAAAAGAGGUGGGACGGUUUUUUCAAGCCAAGUUAUUUUUGGAGCUUUCCAAAGUUCCCUUUGUCACCAUUUCUCGGGCCUUUAAAAUCCCAAAAAAUGAAAGACUCAAUAAAGGGACUCUCUUUGCUGCCUUCCUGUGGCCUUUUUUUGAGCCUCUCUUUUUAGCGGCCAUUAUAUAAAUUUGCAAUGAUCACCUCGCAAAUCAUAGAUAAAUUUAAAAAAAAUUCAGUUCAUAAAAAUUAAAAAAAUUGAGGUGGUAUCGAGCGACGACGCUUUCGCCCUGGCCCUGUUCUCCUUGGCGGCGUUCAAAUCGACACGUCUUCAGGUCGGCGACGUCGUUGUCCGACCCGUCCAGCCAGUCUGGAUGCCCGACAAAAUCGUCGCACAUCCACAACAUCGAACUAGCCUCACUGAUUCCUGA